AUGACUGCGCCUUCGCUUUCCUGGUCGGAGAAGGCACUCCGACUGCUUCGGAAAAUGGAUAACUUCAGUUUGCCAGGUUCCGGUCGUUCGCGGUGUCUAAAGUUUGAGGUGGAGGGGGUGCAGGUGGGAUGGAUACCUGCCACAGUGGCGCCGGUACUGAUCCGAUUCCCCCAAGUGUUCACCUUGCCACAGGGGGGUGCCAUAGCACUGUGUGCCAGCCUGGACUCUUACAGCAGGAGGUCAGAGGCUCUGCAUGGUGUUAUCAAGACCCUGCGGGAGGAGAACCAAUUUACCUGUCUGCGGGGGUGGAGAGAGGAGAAGUAUGACGUAAGGGCCAGAUACUGUGACAGUCCACUAAUGUGUAUGGAGAGAGCUGCGACUAGCCUCUUUGGGGUGAAGCGGUAUGGCGUCCAUGUGAAUGGUUACACUCGAGGACCGGAUGGCGAGAUCACCGUUUGGUUGGCUCGGCGGUCGUCCACGAAACAGACCUACCCUGGGAAACUUGACAAUCUGGCAGCUGGUGGCGUGGCCGCAGGAGUCAGCGUGACACAGACCCUGAUCAAAGAGUGUCAAGAGGAAGCAUGUAUCCCAGCAUGCAUUGCGGAGACUGCUCAUCCUGUGGGAACCAUCAGCUACACCUAUGAGGAUGAAGAGGGGGUGUUUCCUGAGAGUCAGUUUGUGUUUGACCUGGAGCUUCCCGCCCACUUCAGGCCUCAGAUCGGUGAUGGCGAGGUGCAGGAGUUCUUCCUUUAUUCCAUCGAGCAGGCAAAGGAUGUGCUGGUGAGUGAGGACUUUAAACCCAACUGCGCAAUGGUGCUUCUGGACUUCCUGAUCAGACACUCCUACAUACAGCCAGACUCUGGUCAAGCGGUAUUACAGGAGUUUGUAGCAGGAUUGCACAAAUCUCUUUGA